UCUAAGGUAGUAUCCAGAAAGGCGCGGAAUACCGAAACGGAAUAAAUAUCAGUUGUCAAUACUAAGAUUUUAUAAUUUUAUUGUACGAAUUAGUACUACUAGAAAAAAGUACAUUUUCCUUUUAUUGUUUGAUUUUUCUUUGCUCUUUAUGCUAUGUUUUGUUGAAUUCAAAAAUAUAAAUAAAAAACGGUUAGUUACGUAAGCACAAUCGGUGGUCUGUGAGACUUUGACAAUUGACGUUUCAAAAUUUCAAAAGACGCGGGAAAGUUACAGGCAAGUGGCAACAGUAAGAAUGACCAUAAAUAACAUUAUAAAAGAAUUUGAUUAAUAAUAUUAUAUACAGUAAUAAAUAUGUUGAAAGACAAAAUAGUGUAUAUUUAUAAUACAGAAUUAAUUAAACAGUGUGAUAAAUUGCCUUCGAUGUCAAAUAGGGCUUCUAUCGUUCAAGACCUGAUAAGCAGCUACAAUCUAUUGUCUCAUCAAAGUAUUGUUGCAGUUCAAAGUGAAAAUGCCACUGAAGACGAAUUAUUGUCUUUUCAUGCUUCUGAUUAUGUUAAUAUGCUCAAGUCUCUAAACUCAUUUGAUACGAACAUGGAUGACGUUAAAGAGGAACAUUUAGAGUAUGGUCUAGGUUAUGACUGUCCUAUACUAAAUAACAUAUUUGAUUUUGUGUCCUGUGUUACUGGUAGUUCAGUAUCAGGGGCUAAACUAUUGGCUGCUGAAAAGUGUAAAACUGUGAUAAAUUGGUUUGGUGGCUGGCAUCAUUCGCAAAGGGAUAGUGCUUCUGGAUUUUGCUAUGCAAAUGAUAUUGUGAUCGCCAUACAGCUUUUAUAUAUGAAGUUUGAAAGGAUUCUUUAUGUUGACUUGGAUAUUCACCAUGGUGAUGGAGUACAAAAUGCCUUUCAAUACAGUAACAAAGUAUUGACCUUGUCCUAUCAUAAGUAUUGUCCAGGAUUCUUUCCAAAUACGGGAAAUAUAGAUGAUAUAGGGGCCGGAAAAGGAAAAUAUUUUUCGUUAAAUAUACCCCUGAAAGAAGGAGUUAGUGAUAAGACCUAUAUAGAGAUAUUUAGCAAAACUUUUCCUCUAAUUUAUGAAACAUUUAAACCAAAAGCUUUAGUUGUCCAAUGCGGAGCUGACGGACUAAAUGAAGAUCCUAUAGGAGAGAGCAAUUUGACUUUAAACGGCAUCGGAACCUGCAUUAAAACAAUUUUAGGCUGUGAUAUACCUACGUUAUUUUUAGGUGGAGGUGGUUACAACUUACCCAAUACCGCUCGCCUAUGGACUUACCUAACAUCGUUAAUAGUAAACCAGGAGCUGGAAAAUGACAUUCCAGAUUCUAGCAAGUAUUUUUGUGAGUACGGACCCAGUUUCGAACUGCAUAUAGCAGAAGGUAGGAAAAAAGACCACAAUACCACCCAGCAUAUAAAUUCCAUGGUUGAAAAAAUUACCUAUUAUUGCGACCUAAUAAGUAAGUCUUGACACAUUCUAUUGGUGGUGUAAUAAAACGCAGCAAUUUUAAUAUGAA